CAGCGAACGCCAUUUUGAUACUGAACACCGUGGGUGGAUCAGAUCGGGCACGAAUAGACGGCUAAAUUUACACUCAAACACGCUGAUUAACCAGUCAGCAAACGCCGAAUAGCAAUGUCAUCAGAUAACCAGGACACGGAGACGCAGUCGGAGCAGAUGGACGAGACUCAGGAAUCCCAGGACACAAACUCAAACCCAGUGCGGACAGAGGAGGCCAAAUUGAAAGCAAAGUAUCCCAAUUUGGGCCAAAAGCCAGGUGGCUCCGACUUCCUGAUGAAGAGACUGCAGAAAGGGCAAAAGUAUUUUGACUCAGGAGAUUACAACAUGGCUAAGGCAAAGAUGAAGAACAAACAGUUACCUGCUGCAGCUGGUCCAGACAAGAACAUCGUCACCGGGGAUCACAUUCCAACUCCACAAGACCUUCCGCAGAGAAAGUCCUCAUUGGUUACAAGCAAACUGGCUGGCUAACGUCAGUCAUAGGUUUUGAAUAAACCCUCUUACCAAACUUCCAAAACCUCCCCAGCCCCGCCAGACCAGCUUCAUCAGGACUGGUUAUCAAUUUAUUUUGUUUUGUUUCUUUUAAUUUGGGUGUAGAGUCUUGCUGUUUUUUUUUUUCAUUUCACUUCAGUAGGUCUAAACAUCCCAGCUCUGUUAACCUCUUCAGUGUCCCCCAUAGAGUAGGGAUAAACUAAACCCUUGGUACUCCAGGCCCUGGUGGAGCAUGAUGCACUUUACUCUGUGUACCCUGUACAUUAGUGAUAUUAUGAACAAACACCUGAAGACUUCAUAAAAUGCUAUUCAAAAGAUGCUUUUAAGAAGUUUAAAAGGCAUUGUUUUCUAUAUAGACAAUACUUGACAGCCAUUGGCCCCAGAUUACAUUGGCAGCCCUCUUAUCAUUCAUAAUGACAAAUUAAUGAAUGUUUUAUAAGAAUUUCUUUUAAAAAAAAAAGUUAGUGACCAGAAUAGUCAGAUCAAUUUUGGUAAAGAGUGCCUGGUAGCUGUGUAGCCUUCAUCCACACUUCUACCUCUCACUCUCUAAAUAUGGCUCAGUUGAACCAACAGCUGCUUACGACUGGAUUGUUUUACUAUUCUCAGGCUUCACCUUCAAUGGUAGGAUCUGAGCAAGCGGUUCCAAUCUUGCUGAUUAGAUUAUUGUAAUCGCAGCUUUUGGGUGUAAACCGAGAAUGUUUUAAUUCACUGAUAAUAGCCAAGAGCAGAAAUGGUCUUUGAAUGUGGCAUGAGAAUGAAAGGGGCUUAAGAAAAUGAAAUCGUCAUUGCACAAAGAAUGCUUUAAAAGAUAAAGUAUGUUCAUAGAAAGUGGUGGCUAUAUGUGUUAUAUCUGGAGUCAUUCAGCUUUUUUGUACACUAACAGCAGUGUAUGCAUUAAUGGGAUUAAUGUGCAAUUUAUUUUGUGUUAUCCAACACGUAAUGUGAUGCACAUGACCCUUUUGUUCAUCUGAGAUAAUGAUGACGCAAUCAUCUUGUCUGUCUUAACGAAAUGAGUCGAUUUGGUCUGAGGAAUGAGGUGCGGAAGGAAAUUUGCAGAAUUGAGCAGCACCUUUGGUUCAAUAUUUGUCAAAUAUUUCAGACCUAAAUAGAAAAAUUCUCUACUUAAACUUGAACAAAGUUACAUGUUUAAACAUUAUAAAAAAGUAUUCGAAAAUAUUACCCAUAGAUUUCUUUGACAUGCAGCUUAUUUUCAGGUUUCAAACCAACAUCAGACAUACAAAUGACUUUGGGGAAUAUUAUAUCCUGUGGCCCUUUUUUCCUCUGUGGUCUUUAAAAAGAUACUUUUUUCCUCAUCAUUUAGCAAAAUGUCCUUCUUCAGAGGGCAUGAAUCCAGCUGCGGCAUCUUUGUACACUCCUUACAGAGUCCAAGUAUGAGGAUAGAUACCUUUACAGAGCAAAUCUAGACUGAACCUAGGCAGUCAAUCCAGGUGUCUAAAUCAGGAUUUGCAUAGUCUAAUCAAGUUGUCCCUUCUAAAACCACAUACUACAUGUGACCUGAAGAUUUAAAAGAAACUGUUAAGCCAUGUGAAGUUAAUAAAAACAUGUAUAUUAAUGCAUGUUAUUCUUGGGGGAAAAAACAACAACAAAUUAUUGUACUAUAAUUAAAUUAUUGUACUAUCACUAUGUAAGUCUCACUAAAAGGUGAAUUACUUCUAAGGGAUUGAAUGUGUUUUUUCAUGUAUGCUUGAGGUGCUGGUGGCAGUUGGCAAUACAUCAGGGAAAUAUGAUGGUCUUGCACUUAGUAUUUGUCACUUGAUGGUAUGUGUGGAUGUACAAUGUUUCCUUUGAGGAAUGCGUUAUUGCACAAUGCUAGGAGAUAAUCUUAUUUUGUGCUGCAGCCAAAUUGUAAAUAGUCAAACUGCGCAUCCGGUGUCAUAUUUGUGCAUUUUGUCUCACAUUAUCAGUCUCAGUUGUCUUUCCAAAAUUCACUAAGUUUGUGGUUUGUCUUUUAUUUGUUAAUAUUGUGUGUCUGAAUCUCUCUCUGCUUUUUGAUGCAACAUGUUGACAAGAAUAUCAUCAGUUCUAUUGUGAGAAAUGUAAAUAUGGAGGUUAAGGACGCUUCUGUUGUAAUUAAAGAAAGCUUUUUAAUCAGAUGGAUUAAAUUCAGACAGUUCUGGACUGAAAACCUUCCACUAUACUGCAAUGUAAUAUCCGUGGAUAUUCAACUACAUAUUAACUAUAAAUCUACAACUUAAGGCACUCUCUAUUAGACACACAAAGAUGUAUUCUUUGCCUGCUUUAUGAAGCUUUUAGUGUUUAAUUAUUUUAUUUUAUUUUUGUGCCCCAUUUAUAUAUUCUUUAUUGUUCCAGAUGUUUUGCUUGAAUUACUUUGUGUUUAAAAGUGGAUUUCCAGAAGUUUCCAGAGUCAUCUGGUCUCUCACAAUUAAAUUUACAUGGAAGGAUGGUGAAUCAAGAAGUAAAGAUACAUGUUUAAAGUGAAUACUGGAGCUAUGUCUGAAAUUCAAAUAAAGUUUUACAUUAAUAGCAAAAA